AUGUCACACAUAGAGAGGCCGUGUCCUCACCAUGAACCCAAGAAAGACAGCAGCCUCGGACAGACCAACCAGACGCUGAUGUGGGAACCGCAGCUGCAGCUGUUUGCAUCAGGAAAGUUAUGCUCGAAGGGGAACCAGCCUUCGCUCUCUAGGCCCAUCCUAAAGGUGAAAGAGUUAGUCGCUCAGUGGUGUCCAACUCUUUGCAACCCCAUGGACCUUCUGUCCAUGGAAUUCUCCAGGGAUCUCCUUGGCCUUGAAGCUGCCUGUGUGCCCUUCACCCCCAGCCUGCCCAGUAAGAACGUCGGGCCAGACCACAGAACAACGCCACCGCCGGAACGAUCACACACCGCACAUUCCCAUCAGCACAAGGUCCCUCUUAGAAUAACAUCCGCCCACCAGAAACCCGGCAACCACUAA